UGCAGGACGUGUCGCAAUGACGGCAAAGAAGAAUCCGGCUUUGCCAGGUGGAAGUGCCAAGGAGAACGUGCUGCAGAGGGUCCUGCAGCUGCCCGUGGUGAGCUCGACCUGCGAGAGCCUGCAGCGGACCUACGCCAGCACCAAGGAGGCCCAUCCGCUCGUGGCCUCCGUGUGCGACGUCUACGAGAGGGGCGUGCAGGGCGCUGGCGCGCUGGCCAUGUGGAGCGUGGAGCCGGUGGUGCGCAGGCUGGAGCCGCAGCUUGCUGUUGCCAACGACCUGGCUUGCCGGGGCUUGGACCACCUGCAGGAGAAGAUCCCAGCCCUCCAGUACCCAGUGGAUAAGCUUGCGUAUGACCUGAAGGACACCAUCUCCUACCCGCUCCAAAGCGCCAGAAACUCCAUUUCCAGCACCGUGGACAAGGUCAUGGAGAUGGCGGCAGAGGGUUAUGACAGGACCAGGAGCACAGUCCAGACCACGGCAAGGUAUACAAGGAGCAACUCGGUGAGCCAGAUGGCAGCCGCAGGGGUGGACACGGCGCUGGGAGGGCUGGAGAAGCUGAUGGAGUAUCUCCUCCCAGAAGAGGACGAAGAAGCAGAUCAGAAGCCCACGGGUGUCCGCAGGUCAGCAGCGAAGUCCUCCCAGGCGCAGCCCCGCGCUCCGGAGGCUCCCAGUGCUCCCAGCAGCCCCAGCACCCUGGGCCGGAUCGGAGCCCUGGUGAGUGCCGUGUCCCAGCGCGCCUACCAGCAAACAGCCCACAGCCUCCGGCGCGCCACAACCAAGGGGCAGGAGCUGGCCACGUGGAUCCCCGUCGUGGGCAGCUUGGUGAAGCCGCGCGCGGCCCCGGCGCAGCGUGGCAGCUCCCAGGGGCACGGGGCUCCGGCCGGCUGCCUGAGCCGCAGGCAGAGCACGGUGCCGGUGCCGGCGCAGAAGCAGGAGAAAGCGGAGGAGAAGAGAGAGGAAAACGUCACCAAUGAGGCAGGGGACGGUCCCGGGCUGGUGGGCAGCAUGGCUCAAAACCUGCAAACUGCCUACGUUUCUGGCAUCUCCAGUGUGAAGAAGGUCCCCGCGGUAGCCUGGGAUGCGGCGGAGGGUUUGAUCCUGUUCACCCCCCGCAGGCUUUCCAAGGCCAUGGAGACUGUGGAUGCUCUUGGGGGAACCCUGGUCAGUGCCCCCAAGCAUCUGCUGGGCACCCUGUACAGCUACGUGCCGCUUCGCAGGCAGUCAGUGAAGGAAGAUGAAACUGCUCGUGGAAGCAAACCCAGCAGUGAGGCAGAGCGGAAGGAGGAGGAUGCCAAGCCUGCCACUCCCUCCUCCGAGGAGAAAUCCCAGCUGAAAGGAGACUGGAGGAUCCGCGGCCACCACCCCUUCUCCUACCUGGGCCUCGAAGACCCCCUCUUCAUACGCCACAACCCGUAUCGGAGCCCCAACUUUGAGCCCGAGUGCCCUCUCCCUCGCAAAUCCGCCUUCACCCCCUACAGCAGGCGGGUGAGCGAAGGCUCCUAUCGCUUCCACCCUGAGGCGAUGUAUUCCCGGGCCUACUACGCCAACCUCUACGGCAGCCCCUACAAGAAGGACUGA